AUGGCGUCUGCGACAGCGGUGAACAUUGGGAUGAUGGACCCGGCCUACUUCGUCGGGAGGAACCACAUCCUCUCCUGGAUCAACACCUCCCUCCGCCUCAACUUCUCCCGCAUUGAAGAAGUCUCUCUCUCUCUCUCUCUCCCUCUCCCUCUCUCCCUCUCUCUCUCUCUCUCUCUCUCUCUCCCUCUCCCUCUCUCUCUCUCUCUCUCUCUCUCUCUCUCUCUCUCUCUCUCUCUCUCUCCCCUCUCUCCCUCUCUCUCUCUCUCUCUCUCUCUCUCUCUCUCCCCCUCUCUCUCUCUCUCUCUCUCUCUCUCUCUCUCUCUCUCUCUCUCUCUCUCUCUCUCUCUCUCUCCCUCUCUCUCUCUCUCUCUCUCUCUCUCUCUCUCUCUCUCUCUCUCUCUCUCUCUCUCUCUCUCUCUCUCUCCCCGUCUCUCCCCCUCUCUCUCUAUCUCUGUCGCUAUGCUGACCAUGGGUGCGAUCCUUCUCCAGGCGGCUUCCGGCGCAGUGCAUUGCCAGAUGAUCGACAUGAUCCACCCGGGCAUUCUCCCAAUGCACAAGGUCAACGCCUGCCGCCACCUCCUCACCUUCCCCCCAAGAAUCAUCGUUUUUCCCUCGUCCCCUCCAGGUCAACUUCGAAGCCCACGCCGAACACGACAUGAUCCACAACUACAAGCUCCUCCAGGAUGCCUUCAACAAGCUUAACAUUCAGAAGGUCCCUCUCUCUCUCUCUCUCUCUCUCUCUCUCUCUCUCUCUCUCUCUCUCUCUCUCUCUCUCUCUCUCUCUCUCUAAACCCCGUUGGGUCAUCGGGCAGCAUGUCGAAGUGAACAAGCUGGUGAAAGGGCGGCCGCUGGACAACCUGGAGUUCCUCCAAUGGCUGAAGCGCUACUGGGACUCGAUGAACGGCGGGGCGGUCAACGGGUGGGGGCCCUCUUCCUCUCUCUCUCUCUCUCUCUCUCUCUCUCUCUCUCUCUCUCUCUCUCUCUCUCUCUCUCGCUCUGUGCCUGGGAUCCUCCUCAUUCCCCCCCCCGGUUUCUCUCUCUAGAACCUAUGAUCCCGUGGAGAGGCGGAGCAAGCCCAGGAGAGAGCUCCGCCCCUCCAGAGCGCCCCUCCAGAAACCCCAUCGUGCCCCCCUCGACGACCAUCUCCAGCGGGAGAUCAGAUCCCUCAACGAACAGGUUUCUACCAGAUUUUAUUUGAUCUUCCAUCCUCAAAGUGUUUAUGUCAGUUUUUGAUGAGUGAAAGAACUCUGUUCGUGCUGGUUUUUUGACUGUGAUGGUUACAGAUUUCGGAGCUCGAGCUCUCGGCAGACUGCACGGAGAGAGACAGAGACCUCUACUUCGCCAAGCUGCGGGGCAUCGAGCUCCUCUGCAGGCGGCCCGAGCUGGAGAACCUAUCGGUGGGUGAUGAAGAGGAAGAUGACGAUCAUGGAUCCAGAAUUAGGGUUUCCCCACCGUUGACUUCUUCUCAUCUGGUAAAAGAUUCUCCCGCAGAUGGCGGCGGCGGUGCGGAAGAUCUUAUACGCCUUCGACGCCGCCGAGGGUUCUCUCCCCAGCUGA